AUGAUGGGAGGUUGGUGGUCGUCCUCGGCCAACAGUGCCUUGGACGAACAGAUUGAUAAAGCAACCGGAAGUAGUCUGGAGGAUAUUCCUCUGAACCUCGAGAUCUCCGAUGUUAUUAGAUCCAAGACGGUCCAACCUAAAGAAGCUAUGCGCUCCCUGAAGCGUCGCAUCGGCAACAAGAAUCCCAAUACCCAGCUGAGCGCGCUAAACUUGACGGACACUUGUGUCAAGAACGGUGGCUCGCAUUUCCUCGUCGAGAUUGCUUCGCGAGAGUUUAUGGAUAAUUUAGUAUCUCUUCUCCAUGCAGUUGGCCCCGCCGAAGUUAAUAUCGAAGUCCGAGCCAAGAUAUUAGAGUUAAUACAGUCCUGGGCCGCCGCUACCGAAGGUCGCUAUGACCUAAAAUAUAUUGAGGAAACCUACAGAGCCUUACAACGAGAGGGGUUCCAAUUUCCUCCUCGAACAACCGUAGCGAGCAGUAUGAUCGACAGUAGCGCCCCCCCAGAAUGGACCGACUCCGAUGUCUGUAUGCGGUGUCGGACCCCAUUUACCUUCACGAACCGUAAACAUCAUUGUCGGAAUUGUGGCAAUUGUUUCGACCAACAAUGUUCUACCAAGACGCUUCCUCUGCCGCAUUUAGGUAUCUUACAACCUGUGCGGGUUGACGAUGGCUGCUAUGCCAAACUAACAGAUAGAUCUACUAAAAGUAGCUUCGGGAGACAGGAGCGCUCUCCCACAAGCCCUUCGUUUCCUCAUAAAAACCGUAGUUCGUCCACUAUGUUACCUCGAAAUGCUAGAGUUGACGACGCCUUCGACGAAGACCUUAAGAAGGCCUUGGCAAUGAGUCUAGAGGAAGUCCAAAGUCAUUCCAAGGGCUAUGUCCCCCCAACAGAUAACACCCCUCGACAAUCAUAUGCGAAGGCCAGCGAUCACUCAUCCACACCAGUAGUUGCACCUGCAGCCGAGGAGGAGGAUGAAGACUUGAAGGCUGCCAUCGCGGCAUCUCUGGCAGACAUGGAAGAGCAAAAGCAAAAGCACUCCGCUGCCUUGAAACAGCAGACAAAUAAGGUCGAAAACAUAUCAGCUACUUCAUUCGCGUUGCCCAAGAAUGAUUACGAGCUCACUCCAGUCGAGGCCGAAAACAUCAACCUUUUCUCCACGUUAGUCGACAGGUUGCAGACGCAGCCCCCGGGUACGAUACUGAGGGAGCCGCAGAUUCAGGAGCUUUAUGAUUCUAUCGGGACGUUGCGACCAAAACUAGCGCGCACAUACGGCGAAACGAUGAGCAAGCAUGAUACCCUGCUCGACCUACAUGCUAAGCUGUCCACUGUUGUUCGCUAUUACGAUAGAAUGCUAGAGGAACGCCUUUCAAAAGCUUACAGCCAACAUAAUAUCAAUAGCUAUGCUUUACCCAGCUCCGUACAACAGACCGGCCCAUAUCCCUCAAUAGAAUCUACUACCGCCAGAACUUCUACGUCGGCAGAAAUUUUCUAUACAGGCGAUCCACUUCCAGAUCCAAGUAGGAAGUCUGCAAGCCACCAGUACCUCCAACAUGUCCAGUCAGGUCUGCCACAACAACUUACAAGCUAUGACAAGAGAGCGUCGGUAUCGGCGCCCUCGAGCAACCAAUAUCCGCAUCAUGCAGGGCAAGGAAACGAGGGUUGGCAAAAACAACACGGACCAUCCGCACCAGCCCAAUAUCCUAGUCAAGCAAAUUUCACACCCAACGACGUUCCCCCUCAACCUAGUCACGUAUCUCACCCCUCCCCACAAACUCCUCUUAACAGAGCCACCGAGCCGGUAGCGACAUCAGCGGCCGACCCCAGUGCGACGUAUUAUUAUAACAACCCUCAGUCGAGCACUGACCAUACCACGCAGGGUAUACCACCAGAAGCAUCACCAUCACCGUAUCCAAACCUUCAGCACAGCUUAAGUUAUACCGGGCAGUCCAUCCCCCCAACACCUGCCUCUAUUCCUGCACAAGCAUCCCACCCCCCACAGCAUUAUCAGCCACCCAACCAACAAGCGCAACAGCCAUAUUGGCAACAACAACAACAUGCGGACCAAGCACCUCAAGCAUAUCAGACAACCGGAGCGGGGUACUCAAGAUACAGACAGGACUCGUUCCCUGCUGUUCCCCAACAUACACCUCAACAACCUGCCAUAGAAGAAAGUUUGAUUGAUCUAUAG